UAGACUUUUGCUUUUGCUAUCAGAAACAAAAGGUGCAAUAUAAUAAUUCAAUUUGUGUAGAAUUGUGGGAUUAAAGAAGUACGAUGAUUGCACUGCUGUUGCGCAAUCAAAUAACAUCAAGGUGCAACUUGCCUUUUGCAAUUUCACAUUUGCGGCGUACGUUGUCAAAUGGUAAAACUCCGUCAGAAAUCGAUAAAGACCUAGACAAUGAUGGCAAAAUGAAGGACUCUAGUGGAGCACAGCCUGUGAUCGAAAUGCCCAAGAAAAUCAACUUGGAAUCGACUCUCAUGAGAUCCUCGGCGGAUGGGAAGUUUGUGCUGAGCAUUCGUCAGGUGCAAGCCUUAAAAAAUAAUUCAGUCAUAAAGCUGCCCGCAAAGAUGACGCAGUCUAUGACAAUGUGUACGAAGGGCAAUGACAACCAGAAAGGCUCCGAUAGCAAUAAGAGCGGGGAUGAGAAGAAAGAUUUACUUGCAAUGACCGAAGAAGAGUUAGCUAAGAAAAAAUUGAGAGUCCAAAAAUGUUUGAAACCGUUGCGCAAUAUUCGAAGAUUUUUGAAACCAGGAACAUUGGAGAAAAAACAAGAGUACGUACGUGGUUGGCUAAAGAAGAAACUGAAGGAUCGAAUUAGAGAACCAAAAAUGAAUAUUAAAGAUAGAAUGAAAAGGAAGCCGCCAAUUCUAUAUAAAGAGAUAGAAAAUUUUCCAUUGAAGCCCGUACGCGAAGAGAACAAAUUUCCAGUAAACAAGCAGAUCCUUGAAACAGACGAUGAUAAAGUUGCCGAGAAGCUUGAGAAUGCGAAGACAAUGUACUUCAAGUAUAAGCCAAAACGAAAAGCUCUAUUAAAAUGUACUCCUACGAAUGGCGAUAGACAGGAGAUUAAAAGGGAAGAUCUGUCUGGCGUCAGGAAAAAGGCAACUCCGAAGAAACCUCCAGCGAAUAACGGACAACAAGGAUCCUCAAAGUCAUUUUCCACAUUUGUGCAGGCAACUCCUCCAGCUCCAGGAGCCAGAGCAAACACACUACCUGGUUUAGUUGAUACAAACCCUGUAUCAGUUAUUUACGACAGGAAGCCAACUCCUGGAGUGUCGACAAUAUUAGGCGCUGGCAAAGAUUCUCCUCCGGCAAAGUCUGCAGCAGAUGCUAAAGCUCCCGCAUCCGGUGGUGCAGCAGCCAAGCCGCCAGGUCCACCGCCUCCGCCCAAGGGUCCUCCGCCAGGCACACCGCCACCUCAAACUAAGACGACUUUCGGUCCGCUGGCAGACGCGGACCGCAUCUUCACAAAUCUGUACGGCCUUCACGACUGGCGUCUGAAGGCAGCCAUGAAGCGGGGCGACUGGUACAAAACCAAAGAGAUAAUCGAAAAAGGUUCGCCCUGGAUUAUUAACGAGAUUAAGACGUCGGGCUUGCGUGGCCGUGGCGGAGCUGGUUUUCCCACUGGCCUCAAAUACUCCUUUAUGAACAAACCGCCCGAUGGCCGACCUAAGUUUCUGGUCGUCAAUGGCGACGAGGGCGAGCCGGGCACGUGCAAGGAUCGAGAGAUUUUUCGCCACGAUCCGCACAAGCUUGUGGAGGGAUGCCUGAUAGUCAGUCAUGCAAUGGGGGCCAAUGCCGGCUACAUCUAUGUGCGCGGUGAGUUCUUUAACGAGACCUGCAAUCUACAGUACGCCAUAGCGGAGGCCUACAAGGCAGGAUUCCUGGGUAAGAAUGCCUGUGGAUCGGGCUUCGACUAUGAUCUGUAUGUGCAGCGCGGCGCUGGGGCCUAUGUGUGCGGCGAGGAGACAUCGCUGAUCGAAUCCUUGGAGGGCAAGGCAGGAAAGCCACGCAGCAAGCCGCCCUUUCCCGCGGACGUGGGUGUCUUUGGCUGCCCCUCGACAGUUACCAAUGUGGAGACUGUGGCCGUGGUACCCGCGAUUUGCAGGCGUGGGGGUAAGUGGUUUGCCAGCUUUGGGCGCACUCGCAACUCGGGCACAAAACUGUUCAAUAUCUCGGGACAUGUGGAGCGACCCUGCACAGUGGAGGAGGAGAUGUCGAUGCCCACACGAGAGCUCAUUGAACGACAUGCCGGAGGCGUUCUUGGUGGCUGGGAUAACUUGCUGGCUAUCAUACCGGGCGGCUCAUCAACCCCCUGUAUUCCCAAGGAAGACGCAUCGAAAUCUAUACACGACUAUGACGGUCUGAUGGCCGUGCGAUCUUCGCUGGGCACCGGCGCCAUCAUCGUGAUGGACAAGACGACGGACAUCAUCAAGGCAAUUGCACGUCUGGCCGCCUUUUACAAGCACGAGAGCUGCGGCCAAUGCACGCCCUGCCGCGAGGGCCUGCACUGGGUGCACCUCAUCAUGCAGCGCUUUGUCACCGGGCAGGCGAAGCCCAGCGAGAUCGACAUGCUCUGGGAGAUAACCAAACAAAUCGAGGGCCACACCAUAUGCGCUCUGGGCGACGGCGCUGCCUGGCCACCCCAGGGACUGAUUCGCCAUUUUCGUCCAGUCAUCGAGGAGCGCAUGCGUAAGCGUGCCGAGAGUGAUGCUGCCGCYGCCGCCGCCGCUGCCGCACCUGCCCAUAAAAAGCCUCCCGCCGUGAAUGCAUCGUGCUCCAAAUCCACAUAAGUGUAAAUGACGUUUUAUUUGCAAUAAAAAAAACCUUUCCUUCGUCGGUUAACUUCAUGCAACAAUGACUUCCUCUUGCAGCCGAGUGAAAGUGCAGCCAGUCGUUCAUUUUCCACAAAGUAUUCCCACUGAGCCGCAAAAUUGUGCCACGUAGCGUUAAGCCAAAUGGGGUUGAACGACAUGUGGUCGACAGUGGG